UCCUCCGUCAUCAUAUGAGGGGAGCGGGCCAAGAGGGUGUGGGGUAUUGUAAACGUAUAGUAGAUAAUGAAUGAGUUUGAAUCUAUCGCGAUUAAAAACCAUACGAGUGUGAUAGUGCGUGGUUCCCUAACAUAUGUUUUAUAAACUGUGUUCACUUAAUAAUAAGGAAGCUUAGUUAAAGAAUUUAAAAAUGGUUAAGUUAUUAACGUAUGUUAUAACUGUUUUAUUAAGUUUAGUGUUUGUAAAUACAAAAAAGGCAACUGUGGAGUUCUAUGAAGAAAAAGCCUUCCAUGAAGCGAAUGACUUAACAGACAGUGAUAUAAAAAAAAUAGCAAAAUUAUCAGAUCAAACACAUUUUAAAGAAGUAUUAGAUGAAAUACUCAUACCAAGAGUAGUUGGAACACCUAAUCAUGAGAAAGUUGGCAACUUUAUUGUGAAACAGAUGAAAGAUUUAGGCUGGGAUGUUACCGAGGAUAUCUUCUCGGAUAAGACACCUGUAUUUGGGAUGUUGAACUUUAGGAAUAUUAUUGCUAAGUUAAAUCCUGAAGCGGAGAGGUACUUAGUACUAGCUUGUCAUUACGAGAGUAAAUACACAAGGGAACAUGUGUUUGUUGGUGCAACGGACUCCGCGGUGCCGUGCGCAAUGAUGAUAAACCUUGCGAAGGUGAUGUCGAAGCAACUGGAUACGCUGAAGACGAAUCGACUCAGCCUUAUGCUGCUGUUCUUCGAUGAUGGCGUCAUGGUUAAAUUUGUUCAUUGUAAAAAAUACAAGGAUGUUCUAGUUCUCCUGGAUUUGCUGGGGUGCCCGGACCCGGUGUUCUACAGCUACUUCCAGGCGACGGAGAAAUGGUACGUGCGGUUAGCUGGCGCUGAGCAGCGGCUGGCGGAGCUGGGCCAGCUCAGCGCGUACUCCGUAGGGAAGGAGGAACAGACGUACUUCAGGUUGAGGAGCUCCGGUGCCUUCAUUGAUGAUGAUCAUGUACCGUUCUUGAAGAGAAAUGUAAACGUGGUUCACGUAAUACCCAAUCCGUUCCCGAGCGUUUGGCACACCGCUGAUGACGACAUGUCCGCGUUAGAUUUCAACACCAUAGACAAUCUUAAUAAAAUCUUCCGAGUGUUCGUAGCUGAGUACUUACACCUACAUCCCUAGCAUUUACACCAUAGACAGCCGAAAACAAGAUGGCGACUGGAAGCGAUCGCCUUGCUCAAACGAAACUUUUUUAAAGUGAAAGACAAACGAGGUGCUCUAUUCCUAUAAUUUUAAGUGUGUUUUAAAUGCUUGUUAGAUGGUUGUAAAUUAAUGCUUGACUUACAGAGUACAAAAUACAAUCUAAUAUAUCUAAACCCAUAUUUAUUCUUGAAUUAAAAUAUUUAAUCAUACAUCUUCGCACUUUUAAUCCUAUUGAAAAGAGAAUUUGUAAUAAAUAAGAGAUUUUAAAGUUUGUUAGUACAAAAUAACGAUUUUAGAAUAAAAUGCUUUUUCUAUACUGUUUAUUCAAAGUUUUAAAAAGAAACUGCAAUAUUAAGUACAGAGAAAUGUACGAGUUUUUUUUUGUUCAAAAGUAGAAAAAUAUUUAUUGUGAU